AUGGCGAAUAUCGAGAAACUUCAGUUUCCGGCUCUCGAAAUAACUGGAGCAAAUUACACGGCAUGGAUCACAAAUAUGGAGCUUCAUCUAGAUUCAGAGAAAAUCCUCGAUAUAAUAAAAGAAGGAAAUAAAUCAGCUUCUCAUGAAAAGGCUAAAGCCGUAAUAUUUCUGGGAAAACACCUAGAUGAAAACCUUACGCAUGACUAUGCAAGGAUAAACUAUGCAAGGAUAAAAGAUCCUCUAGAUCUUUGGAAAGCUCUAAAAGAGAGGUUCGAUAGCCAGAAGAAAAUAACUAUUCCCCAUGCACUCGAUGAGUGGGCAAACCUACGGUUUCGAGAUUUUGAAAAGGUGGAAACGUACAAUUCUGCUAUAUUGAGAAUAGCAGCGCAAUUAGAAUAUUGCGGUAAGCCUGUGAUGGAAGCAGAAAUGCUUGAGAAAACUUACCAAACAUUCCACAAAAAUCAUUAUGUUCUACAAGAACAAUACAUAAACCGCGAGUAUACAAGGUUCUCUGAACUCGCUGUGGCGGAGAAAAAUAAUGAACUCUUUAUUAAAACCACAAUACCCGACCCACGGGAACCAAAGCAUUUCCUGAGGUGA